AUGCAAAUUCAGGAUCCGAAGCCGUCUUUGGGUUUGCAGUCCAGUGAAAUUGGCAGCGAAGCGCCGAAAGAAACCACCAUCAAGCAUGAAGAUAUCGUCAAAAAAAUGGAAGGUUUAAAAUUUCGAAUUGAACCUGACUUCGUUUGGGUGGACAGCGACAAGGAAUUGACAAAUGUGCAUGAAAUCAUUAACGACAACUCAUUCCCCAUCAUUUGUCGCAUACGGCGACUGAGUCGUGCGCCAAGAAGUGAUCGUUUUGACGUUGAAGCGCUGCCGUACAGUGAGCAGCUUCUCGCCCGCGGAAGGUUAUCUCAUAUCAGAAUUAUGCGCCGACAAAAAUCACCGGAGGAUCGUAGAGAAUGCUUACCUAGUUUUCUGACCAAAUGGAAAUCAAACGACUGCCUCCCGCACGCAGGCAGCUAG